AGAGGAGUUAAUUUAUUAAUUUUAGUAGUGGGUGAGUCAUUGUUCUAUUGAUUUGGAACAAAGUGCGUAAUAUUGUGAAAUUUAGGUAAAAAUUGAAGUUUUUGUGAAAUUUUUCUUGAAGGAACAAAAUUAAAAGAGAUCUUCCAGAAUGGUGAACGCAAUGUCUGGAAAACGUCUUGUAAAAUUGGAGAACAGGAUAAACUGUGUCAAGUAUACUUUGUUUUGCUUCAACGUCAUAUCAUGGAUAGUUGGUGCUUCAAUGUUUGGUCUAUCAGUCUGGUUAAAAGCUGAACCAGGUUUCCAGGAAUGGGUUGACAUGCUAAAAAUCCACGACUAUUAUGCAGGUGUUUACAUCCUGAUCCUUGCAAGUGUUGUGGUUAUGAUAGUGUCCUUUGUUGGUUGCUGUAGUGCCUUGAUGGAGAGCACAGGGUUAUUGAUGAUCUAUGCAUCUAUACAGGUAUUAUCCUUCCUCCUCGGCAUGUUCGGAGCGGGUGCCCUGCUCCACUUCAGCACCAUGAACUCGGCCCUUCAACCCUUAAUUCGGGACAGGGUUCGCGACCUGAUAGCCAGGUCGACCUAUCCAGGUGAGCAGGAAACCUUGAAGUUGAUUCAGGAGAAUAUCGCCUGCUGCGGAGCAGACGGGCCCAUGGACUAUAUGCAUUUGCGACAACCUUUGCCCAGCGAAUGCAGGGACUCUGUUACUGGGCAUGCGUUUUUCCACGGAUGUGUGGAUGAGAUCACUUGGUUUGUGCAGGAUAAAUCCGCCUGGUGUGCAGGCUUAGGAAUGGUUUUGUGCAUGAUGCAUGUUGUGAAUGCAGUUAUGAGCAUUGUAUUGAUACAAGCUAUCAAAAAAGAAGAGGAGGAGGCUCGCAAUUAUAGAAGAUAAAUUAAAAAAAAAAAAAUUAACCAAAAUAUUGUUAUUUUU